GCCCCCCCGGGCCUCGCGCCCCGCCAUGGCCACGCUGUUCCCCUCGCUGUUGCCCCGGGUGACCGAGGCCUUGUGGUUUAACCUCGACCGGCCUUGCGUGGACGAGAACGAGCUGCAGCAGCAGGAGCAGCAGCACCAGGCUUGGCUCCAGAGCAUCGCGGAGAAAGACAACAAUUUAGUCCCCAUCGGCAAGCCGGCUUCCGAGCACUACGACGAGGAGGAGGAGGAGGACGACGAGGACGACGAGGACAGCGAGGAGGACUCGGAGGAUGACGAGGACAUGCAGGACAUGGACGAGAUGAACGACUACAACGAGUCGCCCGACGACGGGGAGAUCAACGAGGUGGAUAUGGAAGGAGCCGAACAGGACCAGGACCAGUGGAUGAUAUAAAAGGUGCGGGGGUGGGCUGCGGGCGAGGCCGGCGAGGAGGAGUGGGGUGGCACCGUGGGCCCCCCCAGCCCUGGCACGGCUGGCCGGAAGCCCCUCCAGUCAGCCCAGCCCUGGGGUCGUGCCGAAGCCGCCGGACAGAGGACGCCUGACAGGCUGACCGGGAACGGACACCCGACGGUGCCCCCGGCCCCCACGUUUGCCCUCCGGCCGUGGUCUCGCAAAUAAAGACGUGUGGUGGGUUUGUCCAGCGAAA